AUGGCACAAUGGUCAUUUAUUGAUAAAUGUUUUAAUGAAUUGGAAGGAGCUGAUAUUGCCAGAGGUGAAUCAUGUAGUCUUGCUUCAUUAAAGCGUAAAAAUAAUAGUUCAAGGAAUUAUGAAGACAACGAGAAAAUGUAUCGGAAGAAGGGGCGUCUCAUCGUAAGAAAAGGGCCCCGUAAAUAUGGUGCUUCUGAAGUAGGAAAGAACUAUAAGGGGGACAAUGUAUCAAAAUCACUAAAGGAGAGAGGACUAAAAAGCCCAAAGAUGCUUAAAGACAUGAUUGUUGACCUGGGCAAUUUUGUUGAAUAG